GACAUGCGUUGUGAUAUUUAUAUGUCGAUGGUUGUGAUCGAUGACGCAAUGCUCCCUGUCUCAAUUAGGCAAAUGCGCACUUUCUCCAAGUGCACUUUGCUGAAGACCGUAGAGCGAACAUGAUUGCAACCUGACCGAACAGGAUUCGGACACACCCGUGAGUCUCCUGACUAGACUCAUCAACCAAUGCAUUUCCGGUUUUAUUUUGAAGGUUGCUGAGCGGAAGUUGAAUUUUACAAAUUUGAAAGUGGACUAACUUCCGUGUCCUAAGAGUGUUUACCAGGACCACCGCACAGAGCUGCGCACUGCGCGAAAGUUGAGUGUGAAGUUCCUUCAGUCAGGUCGGUGUUUACAGUUUGACUCGCUGAGUUUAACCUUUGUUUCAGUGCUUGGAUAUGACAUGAGGGCUCGUGUCGCUGGUCCUCGUGUCUUCUUCCGGUUUCCAGACCGCUGAGUGGGACAGUCACUCGACUAGCAGCUGCGCAUGAGUUUACGAGAAAUCACAGAGAACAUGAAGCUGGCCCGUGAAUAUGCUUUACUGGGAAACUACAGCUCAGCCAGUGUUCUGUACCAUGGUCUGCUGGAACAGAUCAGGAGGCAUAUGUAUUCGGUGCGCGAUGGCGCCGUCCAGCAGCGGUGGCAGCAGUUAUGGCAAGAAAUCAAUGAAGAGACUCGACAAGUUCAGGAUAUAAUGUCGACUCUGGAGAAGUUUCAGCAAGUUGUGACUCCUGUUAAACCCAGCAACCAUGUGGACUUUGAGAUUAGACCAGCACAGGUGGAACCCAGGCGUUCUGCUAACCCUUAUAAGGACCUCAAGCCUCCCAGCAAUCGCUUGAGUGCAGCGGUUAAGGCCCAGCAGAAACCCUCACCUCGAGGAACAAAUGACGAUAGAAACAAAGUCUCUAAGAGCAAAGACAAGAAGGAACCGAAGGAGUUUAAGGAGGCUUCUGCCAAAGCAAAGGAUGAGAAGGAAAAGGAAGUCAGAAGGUUUGAUGGGACGGGAUAUGACAAAGACCUUGUGGAAGCUCUGGAGAGAGAUAUUAUUUCUCAGAAUCUGAGCAUCAAAUGGGAUGACAUUGCAGACUUGGAAGAUGCUAAAAAGCUCCUGAAGGAAGCUGUCGUGCUGCCCAUGUGGAUGCCAGCUUUCUUCAAAGGCAUCCGGAGACCUUGGAAGGGGGUGCUGAUGGUGGGACCUCCAGGGACCGGAAAAACCCUUUUGGCAAAAGCAGUUGCUACUGAAUGCAGAACCACGUUUUUCAAUGUCUCGUCCUCCACUCUUACCUCCAAGUACCGAGGAGAAUCGGAAAAACUUGUACGUCUCCUGUUUGAGAUGGCCAGGUUUUAUGCCCCCACCACGAUCUUUAUAGAUGAGAUUGACUCCAUGUGCAGUCGCAGAGGAACGUCAGAGGAACACGAGGCCAGCAGGAGGGUGAAAGCUGAGCUUCUGGUGCAGAUGGAUGGUGUUGAUGGAGCUUCAGAGAACGACGACCCAUCCAAGAUGGUGAUGGUGUUGGCUGCCACCAACUUCCCCUGGGACAUCGAUGAGGCUCUGAGGAGACGGCUGGAGAAGAGGAUCUACAUCCCUCUGCCCUCAAUUAAGGGGCGGGUGGAGCUGCUCCGGAUCAACCUGAAAGAGCUGGAGCUGGCCAGUGACGUGGACUUGGACAAGAUCGCAGAGCAGCUGGAGGGUUAUUCUGGAGCCGACAUCACCAAUGUGUGCAGGGAUGCCUCUCUGAUGGCAAUGAGACGACGGAUCGAGGGUCUGAGUCCAGAGGAGAUCCGAAACAUCUCCCGGGAUGAGAUGCACAUGCCGACCACCAUGGAAGACUUUGAGUCUGCCCUGAAGAAGGUGUCCAAGUCCGUCUCUGCAGCUGACCUGGAGAAGUAUGAGAAGUGGAUUGAAGAGUUUGGAUCCUGCUGAAUGCUCGAGGUUUCCCAUAAGCAUAAAGCUAGUGUGUGUCAGACCCCUCCUAAUCCAUCUGGACGGUAGCUCUGGACGGUACCUGUUCUAGAGAAGACGGUUUCUGAUGCUUUUGCAGUGUAAAUGGGUGGAAUGACCUAACCAUUAACCAAUAUGAAACAUCUCAAACAUGAUUAAUAACUGAUCUGAAGGAGUGAGAUGCUGACGUCAUUCAGUUUUUAUUGGUUUUAUUUAGAACCACAGUUGUCUCCAUGUAAGUUCUUAUAAACUGGUUUUCUACAGGC